AUGGCUUCUCAAAAGUGGAUCGUGUUGUGCGCUUUUCUGUCGCUGUUUACUUUUAUGGCGAAAGUAAGAAGUUCUCCGACCUGUCUAGAGGAAGUGAUUCAACAAUUAGAGGAAACUCUCACCGCUCUUGAAAACGUUACUUCUAGCGUAUUUCUGAUAACCAGGUGUAACACUGAUCUCAGUUAUUUUGCUGCAGCUCUCAAGAGAAACUGUACCGAUCUGCAAAAAUCUGGUGAAACUGGGAUCAGUGGUGUGUACGUCAUCAAUCCAGAUGAUGACGACCCUUUUUAUGUUUAUUGUGACCAAAAAACAGACGGUGGAGGGUGGACAGUGAUACAAAAGAGAUUGGACGGCUCGGUUGAUUUCGAACAAGGCUGGGCAGACUACAAACGAGGGUUCGGCAACCUGAAUGGCGAGUUCUGGCUGGGACUGGACAAGAUCCACCGACUGACCAAGGAAGGAAGAAACAGGAUUCGAAUAGAACUUGAGGACAUCGAAGGAAAAACUGCCUAUGCUGAAUACGACAUGUUUGCUGUGGCGAGUGAGAAUGACAAAUAUCGACUAAGACUGGGGAGUUACUCUGGAACUGCUGGCGACUCUUUUUCCUUUCAGCGCGACGCUCCUUUUUCAACCAAAGAUCAAGACAAUGACCCGGAUGCCCGUCACUGUGCAGUAACCUUUAAAGGAGGAUGGUGGUACAGUACCUGCCACCAAGCAAACCUGAACGGUCUCUAUCAUCACGGUACUCACAAGUCCCACGCUGAUGGCAUCAACUGGCAUCAUUGGAAGGGAGACUACUACUCCGCCAAGAGAUCUGAGAUGAAAAUAAGACCAGCAGAUUUUUAGAAAAUUUCAGUCUGUAACCCGUUGGGUUUUGCUUCAUCACGAGUAAAAUUGAUUUUAUUCAA